CACUUUUCUCCGGAACCAUCUUGGCCCUUAGCCGCCUUAGCCUCACUCCACUGCCGCGCUUGUCCAUUCCACCGCGCAGCCCAGCGAAACACCGCUGUGUCCACGGCGCGGUGGGUCACCCACCGCGCAGCCCCGCGAUGCACCGCUCGGUGCUGGAUCACAUGGGCUCGGCCGAGACGCCCUUCGAGCAAGUCUUGAACUCGGAGCUCUUGCAGCUGAAGAGAGUCCUCCUCCGCGAGCAUGAGUUCGAAACCAAGAGCUUGCGGACGGCCAACACUAAGAUGCGGGAAGAGCUUGAGAAAUUUGAGGCUUACGUGGAGGAGGAAGCUGCCGCAGGGAAAGAGAUGCAGGUCGCUCGAACUGUGCCAGUCGAGAGGUGGGCACAUUUGACCGAGAGGUUGAUGGAGGACUCAAUGCACUCACAGUGGCAAGAGAUCGAGGAGCCUACCGCUUUGCACCGAGAAGAACUUCACAUGCGAAGCGUUUGGAAGGUCUCUUUUCAGGAUGUCCUUCGGCGCAAGCACAUGAAUUUCCGUUCCAGUAAGGUGCCGUCAGAUUCCAACAUGAGGAUGAAUCAAGCUUUGCAGGAAGACUGCUGUUUACAAGGCUUCGUCGUGCCCCCGCGUAGCAGCAAACAGCUGACGUGGUCGAUGAUUGGGAGCUUCCUGAUCCUGUGGGAUCUCAUCACCAUCCCGCUGGGGAUCUUCGACUUGCCGGAGUUCAUUGAUUUUCUGUCGAUCGUUGCAAGGAUCUCCUUCGUGUAUUGGCUCUUCGACAUGCCUUUGCACUUCCUCUUCGGACUGGAGAUCCAGGGCUCGGUCGAGCUACGCCCCACCAAGCUCGCCAGGCAUUACUUGAAAACCUGGUUCUUCAUCGACUUGUUGGUGAUCGUGAUCGACGCGGGGAUCACGGC